CUCCACCCCUACACCGUCUCAACCCUUUCUCUCUCACACACAGUAGACAUAUGAAAGUGCAGUAGAUAUUCUUUGGGGAUUUCACAGUUGAUAGGAGCCCACUAUUAGUCUAAUAUCCCAGUCAUGGAGGAGGGAUACAGAAUUGACCUGGACUACAUCACGGAGCGCAUCAUCACCGUAUCCUUCCCCCAGGCAUGCCCAGACCAGACCUACCUCCAGAACCUGCAUGACAUCACACAGAUGCUCAAAUCCAAACAUGGCCACAACUACAUGGUGAUCAACCUCUCAGAGAAGAAUGAUAGCCUGACCCAGAUGAACCCCAAGGUGUUGGACACAGGCUGGCUAGACAUGCUGGCCCCGUCCAUGGAACAGAUGUAUGGUGUGUGUAAGAUCAUGGAUAACUGGCUCCACUCACACACACAGCAUGUUCUGGUCAUGCACUGUCAGGGUGGUCAAGGCAGAGUCGGGGUGAUGGUGGCCUCCUACAUCCACUUCAGCAGCAUAUCAGCCAGUGCAGACCUGGGUCUAGACCACUUUGCCAUGAGAAGGUUCUACAACAACAAAGUAUCUUCCCUGAUGAAUCCCUCGCAGAAACGGUAUGUGUGGAUGUUCAGCAGUCUGCUGAGGGGAGUUAUGAACAUGGUUCCCUCUCCUCUCUUCCUCCUUUGUGUGGUUCUUCACGGCGUGCCCAACAUCAAUUCUAAGGGAGGAUGUCGUCUGUUCCUGAGAGUGUACCAGAGCCUGCAGGUCGUCUGUACUUCAGCAGUCUAUCACGUGCGAGCAGUGCAGACAGACAGGGUUUACUUUGUACUGCAACCAGCUCAACUGCUGAAGGGAGACAUAAUGGUGGUGUGUUAUAAUAAAAACCACCAGACAGCCAGCCGAGAGGUCAUCUUCAGGCUCCAGUUUCACACUGGCAUUAUCCACGGUCGCCCCCUGCUUUUCCCCAAGGAAGACCUUGACACAGCUUAUAUAGAUCCCAGGUUUCCAGACGAUGGGAAAGUUGAGUUGGUGUUCUCUGAAAGUCCUGAGAAGAUGCCAGGCAGUGGUCACUGGCAAAACGGACCCUCUGUCAUCGUGGACUACGAUACCUGGGACCCCCUGGUUCGACGGGACUCCUAUGAGUACAUCUCUCCAGAAGGACUAGCUCUGCCUCGUAUUCCGGGCCCUGUCGAUGGCAACCUAUCCGCCAGAGUAAGGAAGGGAAGUAGUGACGAAGGAGCUCCGUUUCACCUGGCAACCAGCUGCCCUAUCCCCAGUGACCUUAAACUGUCAGCCAGCAAAGACUCAGGCCUCUCUAUCGCCUCCCAGAAGACCGGAGGUAUUACUGCAGUGAGCCCCAAGAGAGGGCCCAGUCAGGACGAACUUACCCAGCUCAGGCGGCUACUAUCUGGGGUCGGCCUGGAACCUCAUCUGGAGGACAUAACUGACCUCCCAGCCUCCUGUAACGCAACGAGGGAGAUGGAGGGGGAUGAGGCUGGGUUAGGGCAGCCUGUGAAGGCCUCUCCUAGCGAGAGGGAGUCAGACAUCCUUUAUGAUGACGAGGUUAGCCCCGAGGCUAGCAUUGGCUCGUUCUCCUCUGAGAGCAUACCUGAAGCCCAGGGAUUGGUCCAGAGUGGAAGUGGAUACUCCACCCCCUCCACCCAAUCAUGGGUGCAGCAGCAGCAGAUAGUCGUCAGGGGGCAGGACAGCCCUGUGGAAACACUUUCUCUGAUUGGUCCAAACACCUUGUCACUUCCAGACAUGCCCAAUAGGGGGAGCAGCAGCAGAGAGUCGGUGAAGAGAGGAGUGGAGGGAGGGGUGGGGUCGCCUGUACAGACAGACAGUCACACACACGCCUCACACACCACCCAUACACCGUUGCCCUCAGGGGAACCUUGCGGGCAGGAGGAGCUUGCCUCGUUAGCCACAGACAUUGAUGAGUCCAUCGAGCAGCUUAACCAGCUGAUCCUAGAUCUGGACCCCACCUUCAUACCUGUUCCCACCCGACACACACCCCUCCCCUUUGCUCUCUCCACCUCCCUCUACACCAAUGGUAACAACCAUACGACGACACAUGCCAACGCCAGCCAAUCAGGCUGGAAGCACAGACAGGACAGUGAUGUCACUGAUUACCCAGGAUUCUACAGUCCUGGUUGGGGCGGAGCCCAGACAUUCCAGAACGCUCCGAUCUACAGGCCCAACCUACCUCCCUCCCAGUGUGGUCGUCUCUCCAGGAUGGACAGUGUGGACUAUGAAGGACAGACUCCAGUAACGGACAGCUGUGACAUAGUCCCGUCCACACCAGCAUUUCCUAUCUCUCCUCCAACGCCCUAUGUGAAACAUUUCCCAGUGUUCUCUUACUUGAGGCCAGGAGAAGGACAUUGGGAGAAGAGCGGAAUAUCACAAGAUUCCCAGAGUUUCCUGGACAGUAGUAUGAACCAGACUCCAGUGUCGUCGGAAGGACAGCAGUUCCGCUCGGAAAUGUCUGUCACUACCGCCUCCUGUCAGAGAAUGUUCGGAUCCAUGCGCUCUGUAUCGUCAGGCAGCUCCUUCCCACACACAGACAGCCAAACUCCACCUCCAGUGUGGCUGGACAGGACUCCUACGUCCCUGUCUUCCCCGUCCCCUUCCCCCUCUCUGUCACCCCUCAGCCUCCCCAAUGCCCACAGCUCUCCCUGGGAGGCCCCGAGGGGCCUGGAGGGGUCUGUGGACCUGAGCCGUGAUGAGAGGAGCAAGGGGUACCAGAGCCAGGGGGAUUUAGCCUCUCUACUGCUGGGGAAUGGAGGUCUGGGACUGGAGCACAGCCUGUUGAAGGCAGUGGAGGGGCUGGGGGGCCUUGAUUUAGGCCUGAACCUGGGUCUGGACCUGGGGCUUGGAGAGGGCAGACUGGGGGGACUACCACCCCUGCUGCCGGAGAAGAGGGUACCGGGACUAGGCUUGGGUGGGUCGACGUCCCCCUCGUUCAGUGGGUUCUCCAGCCCCCACAGUGGUAGUAGUCUCAGCAUCCCCUUCCCCUCAGCUAUGACCCCUGACCCUAUCAUGACCUCUGACCAUCUCAAAGGACUCAGCGCUGGUGGUGUAGCCCCCUCGCCUGGAUCAGACCUGUUUGCCAGUAAGCAGCACACUGUGAAGUUUGUUCAGGACACAUCCAAGUUCUGGUAUAAGCCUGACAUCUCCCGAGAUCAAGCUAUCACUAUGCUGAAGGACAGAGAACCUGGAUCAUUUGUCGUCAGGGACAGUCACUCGUUCCGCGGAGCCUACGGAUUGGCUAUGAAGGUGGCCACACCCCCUCCCUCUGUCCUGACACAGAGCAAGAAAGUGGGAGGGGACCUGUCUAAUGAGCUGGUGAGGCACUUCCUGAUUGAGUGCACUCAGAAAGGGGUACGGCUUAAGGGCUGUCCCAACGAACCCUACUUUGGAAGUCUGACUGCAUUGGUCUGUCAACAUUCCAUCACCCCCUUGGCCCUGCCCUGCAAACUCAUCAUCCCCGACAGAGAUCCUCUGGAAGAGACUAGUGAGCCAUCAACACAGUCAGCCACCAACUCUGCUGCUGAGCUACUCAAACAGGGAGCAGCCUGUAAUGUGUGGUUCCUGGGCUCAGUAGAGCUGGAGUCUCUAACGGGGUACCAGGCUGUGCAGAAGGCAGCCAGCCUGAUUCUGGCCAUGGACCCUCCUUCUACCUCCACUGUGGUCCACUUCAAAGUCUCAGCCCAGGGCAUCACCCUCACCGACAACCAGAGGAAGCUGUUCUUCAGGAGACACUACACUGUCAAUACAGUCAUAUUCUGUGCUCUUGACCCACAGGAACGCAAGUGGACAAGAGAUGGCUGUUCCUCUGCUAAGAUCUUUGGUUUUGUGGCGAGGAAGUCGAUGAAUGGGACGGAGAACGUGUGUCACCUGUUUGCUGAACACGACCCCGAACAACCUGCCAGCGCCAUCGUAAACUUUGUCUCCAAGGUGAUGAUUGGCUCACCGAAGAAAUAACAUAUGCAUAAAUACACACACACACACACACACACACACACACACACACACACACACACACACACACACACACACACACACACACACACACACACACACACACACACACACACACACACACACAUACAUUGUUUGUCCUGCUGGUACAUACAGCACUCAAAUGCUGAUGUGGAAGAGAAGGGACUAAUGUGUUGCAUUAUGGGAUACUACCUGCAGAAGACAGUAGCAACAACUUUACGCUACACACCAGGGGCCUCAUUUAUUGACAUUGCAUAUACACAAAAUUUGCCCCAAAAUCUGCAUGCACCAGUUUUCAACAAAAGUUAUCAUUUAUAAAAACUUGAUGUGAGAAUGUGAUCACCUCCUUUAGAACAUGAACAUGCACAUCUGCUAGUGGUUGAAAUAUUGUAUUACAAGCUGGAAAGUAAGGAGUUUGUAACGGUCUGUUGACAGGUUCACAGCAAUUUGCUGGUGUUUUCUCUUUCAGAAACGGACUGACAGUCCUUUUCCAGAUACACCAUAAAUUACAGCAAAAGAUUAAAACAUCAUGCCAACACAGUAAAUAGACUGGUAGUUUAUGUAAAUGGGUAUAUGGGUGUAGGUUACAGUAUUGCUGUGCGAUAGGAGCGCGACAUCAUUGCGUAUUUAAUCUCAUAGCAUAUACCAAGGCAGGACAUAGAAACCCAAUAAUCUAUUGAUAAACUAAAUAUUGAGCAACAAUUCUUGUUUUGCAUUCUGUGGCCUAAUGCCAAUCGUUCCAAAUUAUACCUUAACUAAUGGGUGUUAUGGUCACCCUAAAGGGUGGAUGGAGGGCGUUUUUCAGGCAGUUUUAAUACUCGUUCACACACAGUUGUAAAACUGUGCCUGCGCCAAAUUGAUAAAUGUCAAUAUUUCUGUACAUGUGCAGACUUUUCAGAAAUGGGUCACGCAGACAUCUAGUGUGAAUGUAUGCAAUGGUUAUACAUGAGGCCCCAGAGGUGUACUGUAGGGUGAUGUUGCCCCCUAGACACUGAUCUUGGGUCAGUUUAGCAUUUCCCCCACUAAUGGUUAGGAUUGGGGGAAGGGAAAUCUGAUCUGAUCCUUUAUCUGUUACUAGGAUAAGCUUUACCCUGAAGCACAUUGAGGACUUUAAAAAAAAACGUUAUUAAUAUAACGUUUUGUUAUCAGAGGAGGCUGAUGGGCAGAGAUCAGUGUAAUGGCUGGAAUGGACAGGUAUCAAACACAUGGUUUCAUUACAACGAGCCCGUCCUCCUUUAUCUCCGCCCAACAGCCACCACUGCUGUUUGUGUAUAUAUAGUCAGGAUGUCAUUGUAAAGGGAGGUAAUCUGUCAUGUAUGAUAUGUAUUUUUAAUUCAGACAUGUUUUUAACAAAUGUAUUUGCUGAAAUGUAAUCUAUAUGAUAUUGUCCCUCUAAUCACACAGCAUUACUAGUCUGUCUCUACCCACCAUGCAGAGUAAAAGGCUCUCAACAAAGAACAUGGUCACUUUUAAUCACAUCAGCCAAUCCCUUCAAAGUCAUAUUAUCAAUGAAACACUAUACACUUUACAAUCCAGUGCUUGACUUGGUGCGGAACACACCAAUAUAAACAGUACCGGCACCUAAAAUUAGUUCCGGCACCUACUUCAGUCCAAGUCAUGCACUGCUACUACUUUCUUUAGAAGCUUUUCAUAUAGAUACUAUAUACUGUACUUUUCCUCUGUAAGCCAUUAGUAUCAACCUGUAAGCCAUUAGUAUCAACCUGUAAGCCACUAGUAUCAACUGACAGUUUUUUUCAAUCACUUUGGUGCUAUUUUCACAAGCAUGUGGUGAAUUUCCUAAUUUCUUAGUACAAAACUCCAAACUGGUAACACUUGUAAAGCAGCCAGCCUUAAAUUCAAAACCUUUUAUUUUGCAUUCAUCUUUCACCACACAACCAUUGAUCCACAAUAUACAUUUACUGUAAAAUACCAUCAUAACUUUGAUUUAAUCACCAAACACAACAAUUUAGUUUUUUUUAACAACCAGCUAAUGCAAUAGCAAACCAUGCAAGAUACAUGUUUAAAAAAUGCCCUUAAAUUACAGUACUUUACACUGUUUUCACAUUAGGCAAAACACUUUCACUACCCAUCAAAAUGUACCCGUCAAAAAUAUAAAAUCACAUUUCCAUCAUUUCUAUGUUAUGUGUGAUCAGAGGUGUGAUCAUUGAAGACAUCUUUCACAAUCAUUGAUGCAAAAAAUAAAUGUAUAUUGUUCAUAGGUGUACUGUAAUCAUAUGAAACGAAUGAAAUGAAUGAAAAAAACAACAACGUUUAGUAGGCACUUGUUUUCAUCAAGCCUGUCUUCUCAUCAACAUCGCAGUAAAUGUCCUCGUUGUUCAUACACCUGGUAAAAAAUAUUGGCACAGCGAAUCCAAGCCUGACAUCUAGUUUGAUGUCAUUGCAUGGCCUGAUGAGGGUGGCACGCUCAUUGGAAUGGCAAUCAUACACCUGUAUUGUAAUUAUGUAUUGUAUUUUACAGUAUUGUAUUGUAAUUAUGUAUUGUAUUUUACAGUAUAGUAUUGUACUUAUGAUUUGUAGGGGUCCUGUGUGGCUCAGUUAGUAAGAGCAUGGCACUAGCAAUACCAGAGUGGAGGGUUUGAUUCCAGGGUUGGGGUCAAUUCAAUUCCAAUUCUCGUCAAUCAGUAACAUUUGGAAUUAGAAUUAGGUUUCAUGUGACUUUUUGAAUUGACUGGAAUUGACUCCAACUCUGUUUGAUAUACAAGAAUGGCCAAUGCAAUUUUAGUAAAUGAGUGUAACCCCCCCACCCCCUAUCAAAAAGACCCCAGCAACUUCAUUUUGGAUUCAUGUUUACUGUACAGGGCAGGGGAAUUCAACUCUGACCCUACAAGGCCCGGUGCCUGCUGGUUUUCUGUUCUACCUGAUCAUUAAGUACACACACCUGGUGUCCCAACCAUUUUAGAAUCUAUAGGUUUACCAAAUUAAGAGAUUAUCAAUUAAGAGGAAUAGGUAAAUGUAUUUUAACAAAUGAGAAGACAAUCAUAUCAAAAGUAAUGUGAGGAUUGCAUUGUGAAAUGCAAUGACUUUAUAUGAACAUGUAUUGCAAUGUGAAACAUUUAUUUCUAGAUGAAACACUGAUUAAGUUUGGUGAAAAAUGACUAUGAUUUUACGUGUUGUAUUUAGUCAAUGGAAAAUGUGCUUAGCGUUUUGAAACACCUGCCUUUUUGGUGAUCAGUUUUGAGUUUUGUACUAAAUGUUCCACAUGCUUGUGAAAAUUGCACCUAAGUGAUUGAAAAUAAACUGUAAUAGUGUUCAACCCCACCAGGGAAUAGCACCAUAUCACACAGGUGUAGGAUCUGCAAACUUGUAGUGUAUUCGAGAUUUAAAAAGGCUUCUAAAGUUUUUAAUGUCUACUUGAUUUGCCCUAACUAAAAAUGUAUCAACCCCUACAAAAAUGUGCAGCAUUAAUUAUAAUCCACAUAAUAAUGCACAUUUCCUGUUGCUGCAGGAUUCUUUUCCUGCUGUGAGAAACUGCUCCAAUGAGUUCGUGGUGAUUCUACGUACAUGUUGAAUCACCUCUGUUUUGAUGACACCCAAUAGACGAUCUUCUGGCCACAGCCAUGUUAUUAUUGUGUCUUCCAUCCUAGACAAAACCUCAUAUCUGUUGUCCCUUUAAAUAGAUUUUAAAACAUUUGGAAAUAUAUUUAACAUGACACAUUAUGUUUGAAAGAAGAAUAACUCUGAGAAGACAUGAAACCAUGCAACAUGGUUAUGUUUUGCUCUUGAGAUGAGUGUUGUAGCCAUGGUAAGUAUGUGAGGAACACUGCAUCCCAAAUGGCAACCUAUUCCCUAUACUGUAUAGUGCACUAAACACACUGGACACAGAUGUCAGUUUAACGUGUAAUUGUAACAGUGUUCAGGUUAAAAGUUGGAUAAGAAAAGAGCUUUGGUGUAUCCGUUCAAUACCAAGCAGUUUUACAUGUUGAGUCGACGUCAUCACAUUUAUUUAUUUUGUUGAAAUGAAUUAGAAACAAUGUUGAUUAAAACAGUUUGUGCCCAGUGGGAAGUAGUGCUCCUCUGGUCAGAGGUAGUGCACUAUAUAGGGAAUCAGGUGGCAGUUGGGAUGCAGCCUAGUGCUAACCGAAGUCUCUUACUUGUCAUUCUGUUGUAGAGUUGAUGGGCUUGGUAGGGAACACUUUUUCAUACUCACAUGUUUCUGUGAUCCAUGUCUCCUACUUUUGCCCCCAAAGCAUAACUUGGGCACUCAAUUGUAAAAAUGUGUAAAUGAAUGUUGUAUAGUUGGUACUGUAACAUUAUCCUCACUAACAUAUUUUUGGAAAAUAAAAAAACAACACUUAAUGUAUUACAUAUAUACAUUCAUCAUAUAGGGUACGGCCAUAUAAAUAUGUUGUGUUCAGAACCUCUGAAUUGAGCAAAUGUUUUUUCAUCAUCUGUUGACGAUUGAUGAACGUAUAUAUGGUUUCAUCUGCAGUCAUAUGGUAUAUAUGGUUUCAUCUGCAGUCAUAUGGUAUAUAUGGUUUCAUCUGCAGUCAUAUGGUAUAUAUGGUUUCAUCUGCAGUCAUAUGGUAUAUAUGGUUUCAUCUGCAGUCAUAUGGUAUAUAUGGUUUCAUCUGCAGUCAUAUGGUAUAUAUGGUUUCAUCUGCAGUCAUAUGGUAUAUAUGGUUUCAUCUGCAGUCAUAUGGUAUAUAUGGUUUCAUCUGCAGUCAUAUGGUAUAUAUGGUUUCAUCUGCAGUCAUAUGGCAUAUAUGGUUUCAUCUGCAGUCAUAUGGUAUAUAUGGUUUCAUCUGCAGUCAUAUGGUAUAUAUGGUUUCAUCUGCAGUCAUAUGGUAUAUAUGGUUUCAUCUGCAGUCAUAUGGUAUAUAUGGUUUCAUCUGCAGUCAUAUGGUAUAUAUGGUUUCAUCUGCAGUCAUAUGGUAUAUAUGGUUUCAUCUGCAGUCAUAUGGUAUAUAUGGUUUCAUCUGCAGUCAUAUGGUAUAUAUGGUUUCAUCUGCAGUCAUAUGGUAUAUAUGGUUUCAUCUGCAGUCAUAUGGUAUAUAUGGUUUCAUCUGCAGUCAUAUGGUAUAUAUGGUUUCAUUUGCAGUCAUAUGGCAUAUAUGGUUUCAUCUGCAGUCAUAUGGUAUAUAUGGUUUCAUCUGCAGUCAUAUGGUAUAUAUGGUUUCAUCUGCAGUCAUAUGGUAUAUAUGGUUUCAUCUGCAGUCAUAUGGUAUAUAUGGUUUCAUCUGCAGUCAUAUGGUAUAUAUGGUUUCAUCUGCAGUCAUAUGGCAUAUAUGGUUUCAUCUGCAGUCAUAUGGUAUAUAUGGUUUCAUCUGCAGUCAUAUGGUAUAUAUGGUUUCAUCUGCAGUCAUAUGGUAUAUAUGGUUUCAUCUGCAGUCAUAUGGUAUAUAUGGUGCUAUGUGACCAUAGUAUUUUGUGUUUUUUUUCCAGUAGAUGGCGCUGAUCAAUCACAAGAAAAUAAACAAAUGUAGGAUGCC